UGGGUGUGUCUUGCAAAGUCAUAACAUUUGCCCUGCCCCCUACUACAGUACUUCAAGUGUAGUAGUUGAAGUCUCCCCAAGACACCUUUUUACUGCAAAUGCUGCUGAUUUUGACAACUUGAAAUUAUGCCAGAGAUUGAGAAGCUUCACCUUGAGGAUGCAUUCGAAGAUAGCCCACAGACACGCAGUCUGUUGAAUGUCUUUGAGCGUGACGCCAAGAGACUGAAGCGAUAUACUUCCAACUUACAUGAGUGCUGUCAGAAGAUUGUAAAUGCACAGAAUGACUUGACAUUGGGACUGCAGAACUUAUCUCAGCAUCUUCAAGCUUAUUCCACCAUGGAGUUUCCACUGGAAACAGAAGACAGUAUACUUUCCUCCACACUGAAACAGUUUUCAGUACAUGUGGAAGAGCUGUGUUCUAUACAACAAAUCCUUGCUGCUCAGUUAUCAGAUGGGAUGAUGUAUCCAUUGAAUAAGUUUCUUCAGGCAGACAUAGCAGAAAUUGCCACCAUGUAUGAGAUGUAUCAAAUUGCGACUCAUGACAUGGAGCAAGCAAUGCUGAAACACAUGAAGAUAAGGAAGAAAGAAAGUGAGAAACUGAAGCAAGAGGCAUGUGAGGAAGUCUACAUUGCCAGAAAGAAGUUUCAUCAGACAGCACUUCACUACUUCACAGCACUAAAUGCAGUACAAUACAAGAGGAAGACUGCACUAUUGGAUCCCUUUCUUGGGAUGCUGCAUGCUUAUAGAGCAUUCUUUCACAUGGGGCAGGAUAGGUUCAGUAAAGAGGACAUCGAUGAUUUUGUAUCGAAUAUUUCUGCUAGUGUACAAGGAGUUCAUAAAGAAUUAGCCCUAGAAACCCAGAAGACUAUAGAACAGAUGGACAAGCUAGAGAUAGAGACUAGUCCUCGUUACCAUGUGGAGGUUCCUGCUGGUGAAGACUCCAGACCUGUGAACACAAUGCUGGGCCAGAAGUCUGGCUAUCUCUGCCUAAGGAGUAAGCAGAAUAUGUUGGCUUCUUCCAAAUGGGACGCACAUUAUUUUUUCACACAAGGAGGUAAUUUGAUGUCCCAAAACAGAAAUGAGCUUGCAGGCAGUCUAGUAUGUGACUUAAAUGAGGAGGGACUACAUGUGGAGUCUACUGAAUCUGAUGACAGAAGAUAUGUGUUUCAAGUUGUAGCACCAGCUAGCAAAAAGACAAUAAUUCUUCAAGCAGAGAAUGAAGUGGAAAAAGAAGAGUGGAUACAGACCAUAAAGAAUAUUGCUAAGGAAGGUGGAUAUGUGAAAGAAAGGGAUCCUUCUGAAACCAAUAAAAAGGAGCGGGCUGAAAGCAAAAGCAGAAGUAGGUCGGCCAGUUCAGAUAGUGGCGCUGCCAAGCAGCAGUCUUCCUCAUCAGGGUGGGUCAUUGUUGAAAAAGUUCAGGGUGCUACCAGAGAUACCACACCGCCAGCCACUAAGAUAGCGCCCUCUGGUGACCUCGUGCUGAACACGCCCAUACAGUUUGACCUUGCUUCACCCACAGAUGAGGUCAAGGACAUUGGGGUCAAAGAAGGGCCUCAAAAUGCAGAUUACUGGAUACAGACCAUAAAGAAUAUUGCUAAGGAAGGUGGAUAUGUGAAAGAAAGGGAUCCUUCUGAAACCAAUAAAAAGGAGCGGGCUGAAAGCAAAAGCAGAAGUAGGUCGGCCAGUUCAGAUAGUGGCGCUGCCAAGCAGCAGUCUUCCUCAUCAGGGUGGGUCAUUGUUGAAAAAGUUCAGGGUGCUACCAGAGAUACCACACCGCCAGCCACUAAGAUAGCGCCCUCUGGUGACCUCGUGCUGAACACGCCCAUACAGUUUGACCUUGCUUCACCCACAGAUGAGGUCAAGGACAUUGGGGUCAAAGAAGGGCCUCAAAAGAGGAUCAACCCCUUUGACCAGACGUCCUUGCAGAUGGUGGCAGAUGACCAUGGGGCAGGUACUGCCUUCUCACAGAGUUUUCUAGUCAGAUUUCUUGGUUCCAUGGAGGUUAAGACAGAUAGAGGUGAACAGCUGAUUUAUGAAACCAUGCGUCAGAUCAUGGCAGCCAGGGCCAUUCACAACAUCUUCCGCAUGGCAGAGUCUCACCUUGUGGUUUCCAGUAAUGAAAUGAAAUUGCUAGACCCAAGCAGCGGCAGUCCCAGGCUGAAGUUUAGCCUUAUGGACGUGUCUUUCUGGGCUGCACAUCAGGACAAUAAAAGGUUAUUUGCAUUCAUCACCCGAAACCGAGGCACAACAGGGACACCCCCUUCGUUUACUUGCCAUGUAUUUGAGUGUGAUCUCUCUGGAGAAGAGAUCUGCCAGGCCAUUACCACGGCAACUAAAAUGGCUUUUCAGGCUGUGAUGGAGAAGAGAGCAGCAGAAAAGGAACAAGCACAACGGGCAAGAGAAAUGAAAAUCCUUAUGGACAAUAUACAAAUAUUGGAUGAUGUGGUGGAAGCAGAGGAGUCACAAAGUGAAAACAGUCUGCAGCAACAAGCAUCCAAACAACAACAACCAAAACAAAACCAAAGUCACAAGAACUCGGGCGAUGAAACUGUACCUGAAUGUGAUUCUAGUGUGACUGCCGGACAGACUCCAACUGACCAAUUGAGCUGUGAUGGGACUCCCAGUAUUUUACUGAGCGUAACAGAUGAAGAUGAAGAUGAAGAGUCAGAGGCUUGAGUCAGGCUUGAUACUCGCCCUUUGAAUUGUGGUGGAUGCUGAGUUUACUUAAAUUAUUAACCGAAUUCAUGCUGCAGCAAAUAUGUCCAAUACUAGUCUCUCUUCCCAUUGGUUAUGAUUUGAAGUUCUUCUUUACAUUGCCAGAGUUUGAGGAACUGAGCUUUUUGUACACAACCCUUUGACAAAAGUUAUGCUUAUAUAGGCUUCAGGCUUUAAAAAGGCUUGUUAAAGAAAAUCAGUUAUCUAUAUUUCAGCUCAUGUAAAAUAUAGCAUCCUGAGCAGUAUUGUUGUCCUUAUGGAUGCAAUUUUAAGGUGAUGAAAAAU